CCAAGUGCACUUGCCCUGAUUGAGCAGUAAAGUUUGAUGGAAGGACACGGAGCUAAUCAAAACCACGAGCACAUGACGACUAUCGAGGCUCACGCUGUUGCCCAGCAAGUUCAGCAGGUGCAUGUGGCCACUUACACAGACCACGUGGUCCUGAGUGGAGAGGAUGACUCCCCUUCAUCCCCAGAGGAGACCUCCUUUGAUGAUUCUGAUAUCCUAAAUUCAACCAUCACAGACGAAGUCACAGCCCAUCUUGCUGCAGCAGGUCCAGUGGGAAUGGCGGCGGCUGCUGCUGUGGCAACAGGCAAGAAACGGAAACGGCCUCAUGCCUUUGAAUCCAAUCCCUCAAUACGCAAAAGGCAGCAGACACGGUUGCUACGGAAAUUACGGGCUACGUUGGAUGAAUACACAACUAGAGUUGGCCAGCAGGCAAUCGUGCUGUGCAUCUCGCCCUCCAAACCUAACCCCAUUUUUAAAGUGUUUGGAGCUGCUCCUCUUGAGAAUGUGGUACGCAAGUAUAAAAGUAUGAUCCUGGAAGACCUGGAGUCGGCACUGGCAGAGCAUGCUCCCACUCCUCAGGAGAUUAAUUCUGACCUUCCACCACUGACAAUUGAUGGAAUCCCAGUCUCUGUGGAUAAAAUGACACAGGCUCAGCUCCGUGCUUUUAUUCCGGAGAUGCUGAAGUAUUCAACAGGGAGAGGGAAACCUGGUUGGGGUAAGGAGAGCUGCCGCCCUGUGUGGUGGCCUGAGGACAUUCCAUGGGCCAAUGUUCGCAGUGAUGUGCGGUCAGAGGAACAGAAACAGCGGGUUUCCUGGACACAGGCACUGAGGACAAUUGUUAAGAACUGUUACAAGCAGCAUGGCAGAGAGGACCUAUUGUAUGCGUUUGAAGAUCAGCAGUCACAGCCACAGACUCACAUCGCCCAUCUUGUCCCCUCUCAGACAGUGGUGCAGACAAUCAGUAAUCCCGAUGGCACAGUCUCUCUCAUACAGGUUGGCACGGGUGCAACAGUUGCGACUCUGGCAGAUGCGUCUGAACUCCCAGGAACGGUAACUGUUGCUCAGGUGAAUUACUCCACUGUUCAGGACGGAGAGGUUGAGCAGAACUGGGCCACAUUGCAAGGUGGAGAAAUGGCAAUCCAGACAACUCAGGCCUCUGAAGCCACCCAGGCCGUGGCCUCUCUGGCAGAGGCUGCAGUGGCUGCAUCCCAGGAGAUGCAGCAAGGGGCCACCGUUACCAUGGCACUGAACAGUGAGGCUGCUGCCCAUGCUGUUGCCACACUUGCAGAAGCCACCUUGCAGGGCGGAGGGCAGAUUGUGCUGUCAGGAGAGACUGCUGCUGCUGUAGGAGCACUGACCGGUGUUCAGGAUGCCAAUGUGGCCUUGUACGUUCCUGUAAAGGUUGCCGCUCCUUCCCAGUUGACCGCUGUCUGCCGCAGUACCACGGGCAGCAAUCAACAGAAAGCCCCUGAGUGCAACAAACCGGAUCGAGAAAUCAGUGUUGGCCUGGUGCAGAUCCCAGUGAGCAUGUACCAGACAGUCGUCACUAGCCUGGCCCAGGGUAACAGACCCGUGCAGGUUGCAAUGGCCCCCGUCACCACUCGAAUGACAGAAAUCCAGUCGUCUGCAGUAACUGUGGAAGGACAAGCUGUGGAGGUGGUGACACUGGAGCAGUGAGGAGACCACCAAAGAACAAAGCAACUUUUCUGUCCUUCAGAAGUCCAACAUUGCAAAAUACUGCAAUCAGGUGUCCAGUCCAUUGACAGGUGGCCAUGAAAAUAAAAAUACCCUAUUGGGUUUAGUGUUGGGGAGAGAAAUGAUAGAGGACUUCUCUUCUCUUAUAUUACCCUCGGAGAGAUUUCUAGCUCUUGUAUUUACUGUUUUAUAUUGGAAGGGAAGAAAAAUCAAACCUAUUUGUAUAAGUUUCUCUGUAUUUAUGCACAACGUGUUUGUGUCUGUGACUGAAGAUUGGGGCCUUCUUUAUUAAUGGUCUCGCUUGGAAUCUUUAUCAUUGUGGUUCUAGAGGUUUGGAUCAGCUCUGGAGGGUUAAUGUUUGGGAGGAUAGGGUGUCUGCAUUUUCCAUUUCAAUAAAAGUUGGAGCAGGACCUGAGCCCCAAACCUUUUAAAA